CAUGAGUGUGUUGAAUGCGUCUGUUUGCGUAGUAUGGAAGCGUGACCGCGCGCGCGUGUGUGAGGGCGUGUCCGCUCAUAUGAACGCUUGUCUUGGUCAGUCGCGAUUCACCCGCUGCGUCUAAACUCGAACGGAAGAAACGCAACAUACCAGUGUGAAUAUGGAGUCUCUUUCUGCAGCAAACACAAACUUUUCCCUCAACGUGUUUCAGAAGAUCAGUGAUGGAAAUGCUUCAGCAAAUGUCUUUUAUUCUCCUCUGAGUCUCUCUGCAGCUCUUUCAAUGCUGUCACUCGGGGCAGCUGGAAACACAGCGGCCCAAAUGUCUCAGACUUUGCAUUUUCCCUCAGCAGCGGGUGAUAUACAUGACGGCUUCAACAAGCUCAUGGGCGAUCUUAACAAAGCAGAAGCUCCUUAUGCUCUGAGUCUUGCCAGUCGUCUGUAUGGAGAGCAGUCCUAUCAGUUUGUUGAGAAAUUUCUUAGUGACACAAAACAAUACUAUCAAGCUGGUCUGGAAACUGUGGAUUUUAAACAGAACGCAGAAGCUGCACGAGUCAACAUCAACAGCUGGGUGGAAAAAAAUACUCAAGAGAAGAUCAAGGAUUUGCUGGGGGAGGGAGAUGUUGACGCACUGACAAGACUCGUGCUGGUAAAUGCCAUCUACUUCAAGGGAAUCUGGGAAAAACAGUUUCAUGUGGAAAGAACCACAGAGGAGCAGUUUAAGUUGAACAAGAAUGAAAUGAAGCCCGUACAGAUGAUGCAUCACAAGGCCAAGUUUCCUUUGGCCUUCAUCCCUGAUGUAAGAUGUCAGAUCCUCGAGCUGCCGUAUGUUGGGAAAGAUCUCAGCAUGUUGAUCAUGCUUCCGAUUGAGAUGGAGGACGACACCACUGGCCUUCAGAGACUGGAGAAAGCACUGACCUAUGAGAACUUGAUGGAGUGGACUCGACCCGACAUGAUGGACAUUCUGGAAGUGCAAGUGUCUCUGCCUAAAUUCAAGAUGGAGGAGACCUAUGACAUGAAAGGUCUUCUCGUCAGCCUGGGAAUGGUGGACGCAUUUGAUUCGCUGAAGGCUGAUUUCUCAGCCAUGUCCCCCAACAAUGAUCUGGUGCUGUCCAAAGUGGUGCAUAAAUCAUUUGUAGAAGUAAAUGAAGAGGGAACGGAAGCUGCUGCGGCUACUGGCGCUGUUAUGAUGAUGCGCUGCCUCAUGCGUCCAGAGUGCUUUAAAGCUGAUCACCCUUUUCUUUUCUUCAUACGUCAUAAUCCCACCAAGAACGUACUCUUCUAUGGACGCUUUUGCUCGCCUUGACCUACUCACAUUCAUGUCAUCACUCUGUGCCUAACUGCACCUGCACAUUUUAUUUGCCUUAAUUCCAGUGUGGAUUCCUCUAUAGAUUUAAAAUUGAAUGUAACCCUGACCUAAUAAAUCACGAUUGUUAAAUUGC